AAAAGGUCAUAAUUACACUGUGAGGGAAAAGUGGUUAUAAACCGUUGAGGUUUUUUUGGCAGUAAGGAGAAGGAACUAUUAUUAUCGACUAUGAAGCCAUACCAUUUUUUUCUUUUUCUGUGUCUUUUUGUAUGUAUCACACAUACCCUCGUAGCUGCAGGACCAGGUGAAGACGAGGACGAAUCUUCACCUUGGGAUGAAGAAGUCGGUGAAGACGAGUAUAAUCUGCGCCCUCCCAAAUGGUAUCAAUCCGAGAGAAAGCCCAAGGAGCAGCAGAAACCGAAAGAAGAGCAGCAGCAACAUGCAGAAAAUGUGCAUCGGAAACCGGUGCUCAACAACAAAGCGACACCCACCAAUAACCGAGACAACAGAAACGCGCAACAUCCCACCAAUAACGCCGCCAAUGCUCGUCACACCAAUACCAAUGUCAAUGCCGUCAAUAACCGCAAUAUGAGGAACACUCAGAACCACUUGCCACCGUCCAAAACCACCAAUGCGGCCGUGCUGCCACCCGGCAUAUCACCCACCAUGUUGGGCGACGGUCUGUCAUCUCCCCAAUACACGAGCGUGUCUUGGUCUUAUCCUGUCUCUGUCCCACCACCGUAUUUAGCCUAUUCCACACCCAACAACCUUGCUGUCGCUCCUACUGCCCGCCCCAUUGUCGGGCCGGUCGGUAUGGAGGCCGCCGUGGCAACUGGAAAUACAUUGAAUCUUCCCGUACUGGCUACACUGAUGAGUGUCCUAGCAGCCAUUGUCAUGUUCCAUCAGUAA